AUGGUCGUGUUACGGUGUUAUGGUCUCAAGUUACCAGGAGCUGGUUACAACGCAAACACCAAGUCCCUGUCUUCCAAUGACAUGCCCCGACACGCCGAUCACGAUUCUUGGCCUGUCCGGUCCAGUGGUCAAAGCGAACAGAAACAUGCCUACCCCAGCAACCUGCCCACUGGAGCAAUAGGUCUCAUCGUGGCUCAUUGCUUCACUGAGGCCCAGUUCACACCUAGGGCUUUGAUUUGCAGUUUUGACUCACGCAGUCACUUCAUCACUUCACCACCUCAUCACCUCAUCAAUCAUCACUUCAUCAUCUCAUCACUUCUUCACUUCACCACCUCAUCACCUCAUCAAUCAUCACUUCAACAAUCAUCACCUCAUCACUUCAUCAAUCAUCACUUCAUCACCUCAUCACUUCAUCACUUCAUCAAUCAUGACUUUAUCAAUAAUCACUUCAUCAAUCAUCACUUCAUCAAUCAUCACAUCAUCACUUCAUCAAUCAUCACAUCAUCACCUCAUCAAUCAUCAUUUCAUCACCUCAUCACUUCAUCACCUCAUCACUUCAUCACCUCAUCACUUCAUCAAUCAUCACUUCAUCACUUCAUCAAUCAUCACUUCAUCACCUCAUCACUUUAUCAAUUCAUCACUUCAUCACUUCAUCACCUCAUCACUUCAGCACCUCAUAACUUCAUCAAUCAUCACUUCAUCACAUCACCACUUCAUCACCUCACCACUUUAUCACCUCACCACUUCAUCAAUCAUCACCUCAUCACCUCAUCAUUUCAUCUCCUCAUCACUUCAUCAAUCAUCACCUCAUCAAUUAACCACUUCAUCACCUCAUCACUUCAUCAAUCAUCACCUCAUCACUUCAUCAAUCAUCACCUCACCACAUCAUUAAUCAUCACCUCAUCACUUCAUCACCUCAUCACUUCAUCAAUCAUCACUUCAUCACUUCAUCAAUCAUCACUUCAUCACCUCAUCACUUUAUCAAUUCAUCACUUCAUCACUUCAUCACCUCAUCACUUCACACCUCAUAACUUCAUCAAUCAUCACUUCAUCACAUCACCACUUCAUCACCUCACCACUUUAUCACCUCACCACUUCAUCAAUAAUCACUUCAUCACCUCAUCAUUUCAUCACCUCACCACUUCAUCAAUCAUCACCUCAUCACCUCAUCAUUUCAUCACCUCAUCACCUCAUCACUUCAUCAUUCAUCACCUCACCACUUCAUUAAUCAUCACCUCAUCACUUCAUCACCUCACCAUUUCAUCUCCUCAUCACUUCAUCACCUCAUCACUUCAUCACCUCAUCACUUCAUGA